CAAUUCCAGGAGCAUCCUUUCUCAAAUAAAACAUGGGACACGUGUUCUGUUGUUGGGAACGGAGGAAUCCUGACUGACAGCAGCUGUGGAGAGAGAAUUGAUUCAGCUCAGUUUGUCAUGAGGUGCAACCUUCCUCCUUUGGGAAAUGGUUAUGAGAAGCAUGUCGGUGUCAAAACGGACCUUGUGACAGCGAACCCAAGCAUCCUCAGGGAGAAGUAUGAGUCUCUGAUGAAGCGUCGUCGUCCGUUUGUGGAAAGUCUGCAUAUUUACGGCAACUCCUUGCUACUCUUUCCCUUCUCAAGUGGAACCACUGCUAUAUGUCUGCAGGCCAUCUACAGUGUUGAGGACUUUGGAAGCCCCAUUAGGCCCGUCUUCAUUAACCCUAAGUAUUUCAACAGACUGGCUGCCUUCUGGCGUGUACAAGGCUUGGGAUCAGCAUGGAUGAGCACCGGGCUAAUUAUGACUAGCAUAGCUUUGGAGGUCUGUGAAAAUGUGCAUCUGUAUGGGUUCUGGCCCUUCGAUAAUCACCCCUAUGGACUCUACGACCUGACGAACCACUACUAUGAUGACAGAAAAACUAAAAGUGUCCACGCCAUGCCCAAGGAGUUUGGGCUCCUGAUGCAGCUGCACAGACAGGGGGUGCUCAAGCUUCAUCUGGGAGAUUGUCAACGGUUAUGACUAUGAGUCAUAAUUGUAUAUAAGUGUUAUUAUGUUGGUCUGCUUUGUGUUCGGUGUUUCGUUUGUGCGUCUGUCUUUGUGCUGUGUUUCAGGUGCCCAGCCCUGAUUGGAGAAACCCGGAUGGUUGCUAAUGUUUUCUGCAAAACAAUUAUGAUCCAAUCUUUUUAUUAACGCUUCAAGUGUUCAUCAGACACAUGUUCACACAUGAAUGCAUUCCUUUGAAUACUUCUAUAAACAUGUGGACUGGAGAGCUGUAGGGUUUUUGCACUAUUCCAACUCUGAUUUUUUUUUAUACAACUAGUCUAUGUAUAACUGAUAUGUAACUCAGUUUUUGGUUUGACAUUAUUUUGGUUUGUUUGCAUACUAGUUAGAUAAAAAUAUGUGUAAGUAAUCUAGUUAAGGUAAAAUAAAUCUGAGACUUGCUCAAGAAACGGUCAUUUCUCAUGCUUUUAUUUUGUAUUUUAGAACAAGUCAUGCUAAGGUUACCUUCCUUCCUUUUUGGUAAAAAAACAGACUUUUAAUUUUAAGCAACUUCCGGUUUUGAAUGUUGUUUAGGUAACUUAACUUCAGAAAUGAACGUGAUGUAUGUAUUAAAAGAUGGUAAACAACAAAAAAGUU